CGUGUAUAUGAAUCAAGUUGUAUUUUAAUUGUAGUCUUCACUAGCCGAUAUAAUUUUUUUGGGUUGAACCCGCUGACCGGCUAUAACUGUUAGCCAGUCGAUAGGCCUGUCGUGCAGGCUAAAUGGUACCCAGAAGGCGUUUCCGAGGAGGGGCAGUGAUUUCAUCUCCGAUCGGAGCAAUUUCUGUGAAGAACGAUUCAGACGACCAGCAAACAUGAGCACCGAACCGAAUUACCGACGGGCAAAACCAGGCAAAAAGAUUUUUGAACAUAAUCCCGCAAAUGGUAAUGCUGGCCCAGCGUCCCAGAUCCCUGGACUGUCUCAGAGUGCAGAGACCACCCCGGAGGAGAGAACCACAGGGCGGCGUGUGGGCAUCUUUGAUUCUGACUCUGAUUAUACUAAACUCGCCAAGGGAGGAGGCCAUAAAGGUUUGCUCUCGCACGAUGAUGUAGAAGAGGUGGAAGAGAAGACCAAUUCAUCCUAUAAGCCAUCAGGGGAUUGGUACUCUGGGAACUCUGGGUCCAAGACCCCAACAAGCCAAACGUCUUCAGCUGACAGCGAGUCCUCCAACGGAGGCCGCAAGAGUCCGUCCAAAGGGGCGGCGCGGCCUCUAGCUCCCUUUGGCACCGAUGACAUUUCCCCCUUCGACGAGGAAAAUGAUGCCUUUACCACUGGUAAAGACAAGGUGGACAAUGCCGCAGGUCAGAUGGAGAAGCUGGACCUGAAGGAUGGCAAGGAAGCUGGGAAGUUCAAAAAAAUAUCACAUGACAAGAAGUCAGCGAAUGACCAAGUGAGCAUGUCUAAGCUUCUGAGCUUUGGGUACAUUGAGGACGAGUCUGUCGUCGACGACGCGUCCAGUAUGACAUCCGAGCGGACCAGCACCAUCGCCCCAGAAGAUGAGCUGGAGUGAGAGGCAGUCUGGAGUUGCGAGUGCAAAGGGCAUCCCUCCAGGCUGUCCCUUCACUUGUACUUAUUCCAGUUACAUGUCUUUGUUCUUUAACUAUCUCUUUUAAUCUCUGGUAAUAUGCUAAACUCAUGUUUUUUUUUUCUUCUGUUAAACGAGUAAUUAUGUUAUUGUACAUGGAUGCCAAGUGGUACAAGUCCGUUGGUACUAAAUUAUUUUUGUUGUGACUGCAAAGGAGGCAAGUGGAUAUGCUCGGCCUGCAAAAAUAAUGCUUGGUGCAAGGUUGUGUUUGUUUUUUUUUUUUUUUUUUUUUAAUAUCUCAGGCACUGGUUUUAGUUCAGGUCACAAGGGCUCUGUUUGUGUGUGUGAGCUCAUUGUGAAUGAUGCACCACCACCCAUCAAGGUAGCUCCCUGCCAAAUUGCCGCAGUGAAUCCUUAUGUGAGUUUACACGUUAUUAUUUAUGCAGUUAAGAUCAUUGUCAUUGGUAACAACCACAACAGAUCCAGCGCUAGAGAUACUUCUGGAUCAAAGAUCACGUUUAAACAUAGAAAGUAGAUAAGUAUAAGGAGACAUGUAAGACUGAUAGUCUUAGUAUCCACCAGUAACAAUAGUACACGUUUACUUGCUAAUUUUGAGUGCCAUCAGAAUAGCCCCAUCAUUGUUUGUCUGAGAAAUUGAAAUGGGUCUCUUUGGAAUGACAUCUCUGAAGAAGCUUCAGCUUGAAGAUGCAUGAUGUGAUACGACUGAGUAGCUCUCACUACAGUCCUUUGAUCACUGGGAGCCGGUUACAACACUAAUGUGAGUCACUCGUAGUGCACAGAAGUCUCUGUUUUCAGCGUGUUAUUGUACUGUAUACUUUUCUGACUGUCACUGCAAUUCUUGAAUCGUAUGUAAAGCUGUUUCAUGGUACACGAGAAGAGCUAAACAGGCUCCAGCUCCUUCUUCCCCUCUGUUGCCAUACCUUUUCACAUAGGCCCUGCCAAGUGAGUUGAGCGUGAGGUGAUGUAUUUGUUGCUUUUGUGCUCAGUUGCAGACAAAGUCGUCCACACUGAAACUGGUUGAGUUUGUAAAGGCGAAAACAAUGGUGGCAUGAAAAGAGCCUAUGAAAAGCCUUGCAUUAGGUUUGUCUGUUUGUUUGUUUUUCCACUGACCAGUUAACACUUGCUGUUGGUUUUGAAACAAAGAUCAAUGAAGAUGUCUGCAUGUG